AUGGCUCCCUUGCGAGGUCUCUGGCUGUGUCUGCCUCUGCUGUGUGCCGAGCUCCUCGCCUCCCCUCACCGGUGCGUUUUCGAUGAGGUUCAGGCUCGGGUGCGAGUGGUCCGCACCGCCCGGCGAGCUCGUGCGCUGAGCCCGGGUGAGGUCGCGCCCAUGAGGAUCGGGACCUGGAUUUCCGGGGAAAGCCACCGCCUGUCGGAACGCGAGGAAGGGCCAAUGAGGGCCACCGUGCAACGGGCUGUGAGGACAGUGGCGUCGUUCCUCUCGGUGGAGAGAGCCUCAAGCCCAUUGUUGCUCAGGAGGGACAUCAACAAAUACUGCAGGUUUCUGUGGAAGAAUCCAAGCACCGUCAACUACAACAGGUGUGGUCGAGCCAACAGCAACUACAGACAUGAGACGUGUCUGGACAUGAAGAUCCCGGAUGAUCACCUGGCUGGCUGCGAAGUCCACCCGCAGGCCAACGCCGCCCGCCGGGUCACUCUCAGGCCUCCGGGCUCCGGAGUGCCCGACGUCGACUUCUUGGUUUACCUCCAAGUCCAAGCGUCGGACAGGUGCAGGUCGCAGCCCGGCCUGUUGGCCUACGCCGCCCACUGCCAGACGGACACCGGCGGGAGACCUUUGGCCGGCGUUGUGGUCAUUUGCAGGGAUAGACUCACAAGACUGACUGUCCAGACCGUGGUCCAUGAGCUGUUCCAUGCGCUGGGCUUCUCCAAGGAUCUCUUCCCCACGUGGAGAGACUGCUUCUCAGCCAGUGUCGCCUGUUCUCCUCGGGGCAAAGUGACUCACAUGGACGGAACGGGCCAGAUGAGGAUCUACACUCCAUCCGUAAUCUCGGCCCUGCAAAGGCACCUGGGAGCCGUCGAUCCUGAGCUGGGGGGGCCGCUCGAGAACUCCGACGCACCCCCGGGCGGCGUCUCUUCCCACUGGGAGUCCCGACUUCUGCAGGGCUCCGUCAUGUUGGCGAGCCAGCCCGGCGCGACGCGCAUCGACCCGCUGACCUUGGCCGCGUUUCAGGACAUGGGCUGGUACGCCGUCAACACCAGCCGGGCCCAGAGUCUCGUCUGGGGAGAGGGCGAAGGAGCUUUGUUUGGUUCCACGUUGACCUGUGCUGACAACUCAUCAUCCUUCUUCUGUACCGGCAGUGGACUCGGGUGCCAUCAUUUACAUCUCCGCAAAGGGAAGUGCCAGACUGAUCCCUUCCUGGACGGCUGUCGCGUCUACAAAGCUUUUGAGAUCGGAAGCGAGUGCUGGAAGAAAGAAAACGAGAGGAAGUCGAGUGAAGAACGCCGCGGCGGGGAGCUUUUUGGCUCGGACAGCCGCUGUUUCUUCUCCGAGCUAACGACACUUGUAGGCACAUGCCGUACAGCGCGCUGGCAAAGUAUUCACGGCGUUCUUCCAAAAAUGGAUCAAUACGUUUUUUUCCCCCAAAGGUUCAACACACAAAACGCCCCCAUAACAAAUAUUUUUGCAAAUAUAUUAAAAUUAAAGAACCACAGAAUGUCAAGCAACUAUAACCAGAGUGCGUUCAUAGUGACGGGACGCUGUUACAGACACAAGUGCACAGGACCAAACCGCUACCAAGUCCAGGUGCUGGGCUCCGAUUGGGCGGAGUGCCCGGCAGGAGGCAGCAUUCAGAUAAGAGGAUACCAGGGUUCUGUUUUCUGCCCUGACAAGAGGUUGUGUCUGGACUCCGAUGUCAGUCGUCCCUCAGAAACUGAUGACGUUUUCACCACAGGGCAAGUGAAGUUUGUUUUAUUUUCCCCCCCCCCCCCAUACAACCCUCUGGUGAUAGUAAAUGUAAAUAAAGAGUCCUUUGUUUUUGGGUUCAAACCAGUCAACUGGAUGGCACGUUGCUCCAGGAUGACACCCGGUCAGCGCACAAACCCGCUGCAGACCUCCCGGUGGCCACGGGAAUCUGUCUUUUGGCCCUGCUGGGUCUUCUUGUGGUCCUCGGUCUCGCGAGCUCCAGAUGUUCUCCCUGCAACAUCCGGAUCCACGCGGCUUCGGGGGAUGUUUAACAAUACCCUCUUUCUGUGCCACUGUUUAAAAAAACUUGGUCAUUUGUGGUAUGCUUUGAAACUAUGAAUAA